UAUCAGCAGCAUUCCAACUAGAACCAUGGAUACAGUUGACAUGAGCAAGGGCAAGAUUAUCUUCUAUGAAGAUAAAAACUUUCAGGGUCGCUCCUAUGAGAGCAGUGGUGACUGUGACGACAUGUCCUCCCACCUGAGCAGAUGUAACUCCUUCAAGGUGGAGUAUGGAUUUUUUAUUGUUUACGACCGCCCCAACUUCAUGGGAAACCAGUAUUUCAUUAGAAGGGGAGACUAUGGUGACCAUAUGAGUACGAUGGGCUUGAGUGGUGGAAUUAGAUCUUGCCGUAUGAUCCCCUUGUACAGGGGAGCCUACAGGAUGAGGAUCUAUGAGAGAGAGAACUUCGGUGGUCAGAUGUAUGAGUUGAUGGAUGACUGUGAAAACAUCAUGGAUCGCUACCACAUGUCCGACUGCAUGUCCUGCCACGUGAUGGACGGUCACUGGAUGAUGUACGAGCAGCCCUUCUACAGAGGCAGGAUGAUGUAUCUGAGGCCCGGAGAGUACAGGAGCUUCAAGGAGAUGGGAUACGGAGGCAUGAGGUUCAUGAGCAUGAGGAGGAUCACGGAUAUGAUGUAGAAGCUACAAAAAGAUAAAGAAAGAAAUAAAAAAA